AUGCAAGUAGCUGAUGUAGUGCCUGAUAAGAUCACGUUAAUCAGUGUCCUGAAUGCGUGUGGAAAUGUUGGUGCCUUAGGAAUGGGCAAAACGAUUCAUGAGUACAUUGAGACAAACCGAAUUGGAAUAGACAUGAAGCUGGGGACAUCUCUUUUGGACAUCCAUGGGCUUGGUCAUCUUGCUUUAGAACACUUCACCAAGAUGGUAGCUGAAGGAAUUAAACCAAAUGAUGUUACCUUCAUUGGUGUAUUAAGUGCAUGUAGUCAUAUUGGGUUGGUUGAGACUGGAUGGAUGUACUUCAAAUCAAUGAAUAGUGUUUAUGGAAUUAAUCCUAAGAUUGAACAUUAUGGGUGUAUGGUUGACAUUUUAGGCCGAGCAGGGCGGCUUCAAGAGGCUAUGGAACUCAUUAGGACUAUGCCCUUUGCACCAGACGCCAUAGUUUGGAGGGCCUUUCUUGGAGCUUGUAGAAUCCACAAGAACAUUGAACUAGCAGAGGAAGCUACUGUAAAUCUUCUGCAACUGGAGCCUCAUGUAAACCUUUCAAGGUAG